AAUAAUACCAACAACAAUUCUUACAUUAUGCACAUUUCUCUCUCUCUUCUUCUCAUCAUCUGCAGCAGUUCACCCUAACCAUUUCCAACAACCGCAUCUUCUUCUUUUUCUUUUCUUUCUUAUAUGACAUGAUUCGUCUCCGAAGGCAAAGCAAUGAUGGUAACGUCUCACCUUCCGAGACCCUUUUCUUGAAGGAAACUCUACUCCACCAAAAUCUUGGCUUUUUUCGGUGAGGAAAUAGGAAUUAGAAGGAGAGGAAUAAUACUAAUAAUAACAUAAUAAUAAUAAUUAAUAUAUUAUUAUUGUGUUGUUGUUAUUAAAAGUGGUGGGAAGGGAAAGAAUCAAAUAUGACGGAAGUGCUUCAGUUGCCUUCAUCGUCAAGCUGUGGUGGUCUCACACCCAAUGAUGGGUCGCACCCAAGUUCCCUUAUUAACGCUCCCACUGUGGAAGAAGGGGUGCUGCCACAGUCCCCUUUGGAUUUGGAAGCUGAAGAAGAAGAAGAGGACGAAGAAGAGAGAAAAAGGGAAAGAGAAAGGGAUCAGCUUUCUAUUUUGACCCUUUUGAUAGCUACGUUUCGGAAGUCUCUGAUUGGCUGCAGCACUACAGCUUCAUCUACUUCUUCCAUGGAGAUUGGGUGGCCUUCCAAUGUGAGGCACGUGGCUCAUGUCACCUUCGAUCGCUUCCAUGGGUUUCUUGGUUUGCCUGUUGAAUUUGAACCAGAAGUUCCCAGGAGGUCUCCCAGUGCUAGUGCAAAUGUUUUUGGAGUUUCAACAGAUUCUAUGCAGCUCUCUUUUGACGCCAGAGGAAAUAGUGUACCUACAAUACUGCUGUUAAUGCAAAGACAUUUGUAUGCACAAGGAGGCCUGCAGGCUGAAGGAAUCUUCAGAAUCAAUGCUGAAAACGGUCAAGAGGAGUUUGUGAGGGAAGAAUUGAACAGAGGAGUUGUACCAGAUGGCAUUGAUGUGCACUGCUUGGCAGGUCUCAUAAAGGCUUGGUUCAGAGAACUACCUACUGGGGUAUUGGACCCUCUCUCACCUGAGCAGGUAAUGCAAUCCCAGUCAGAAGAAGAAUGUGCUCAGCUUGUGAGGCUUCUUCCUCCAACAGAAGCUGCCUUGCUAGAUUGGGCAAUAAACUUAAUGGCAGAUGUUGCUCAAAUGGAAAGCUUGAACAAGAUGAAUGCACGUAAUAUUGCAAUGGUUUUCGCACCAAACAUGACCCGAAUGGCAGAUCCUUUGACUGCUUUAAUGUAUGCAGUACAAGUCAUGAAUUUUCUCAAGACACUGGUCGUAAAGACACUUAGGGAAAGAGAGGAGUCUAUUGUAAAAUCAAAUCCUGGUCCAAACCUUAAUUCUUUUGACGAUGAUGGACACCAUAGCAAUUCAGAAAUGCUACACAAGGUUGACAGUGAAGGUGGAAAUGAUUGUAGUGACGAUGAGGAAGAUACACUAUUUGUCACUGCAGAGCCAUCUCAACAAAGCCCCAGUCAUCUUACUGAAGAUGCCUGUGAAACUGAAUCCAAAAGUUUGCCGACAUCUACCGAAAAUUUGAUUUCUGCAGGAACUAGGUUGUUGGUUGACAGUUGUCCCUGCAAUCUUUUAUCUGAAAUUUGUUCUUUGGCAAUUGGGCUUCAAGACUGUGGCCUCACCACUGGGCAGACAAAGGGGGAUCCUGCAAAAUUUUGCAGGAGCAAAAGCCUUCAGUUGAGUACUUAUGAUAUAGAGAAAUGUCCCAAAAAGGUGGUUGAGCUUCCGGUAGCAGGAGCUGCAGAGAAGAACCUCGGAACUGCCAUCAUUGGGCGAUUAAAUUCAAGAACAGAGUUGGCUGAAGCUUGGCGUUGAAAAGUUCUGAUCCUUUUAUCUUGCUUCCUGAGGGACAGGAUGACAGAAGAGAAGUGGUACUCCCAUAAUGUUUCUGCAAUUGUGAUUUCUGCAUAAUUGCUGAUGUCAUGAUGGAGGGCAUCAGUGUUGUGAAGGCACCAACAUGGGGAAGGAAAGGGAAGGGAAAGGACAAGGUGUAAAGGGGAGAUCUCUAUUUGUGUUUCCACGUUUGGAAAUUCUCACUACUACUACUACUACUAGAUUGGUGUUUGUGUUUUUCUGUUGUUGUUUCUUGCUGUGGUUUUUAACCAUGUUUCUUUGUUCUCUGUCAUUAACCAUGUAGACUUUCCUAACUAUUUUCUUUCCGUUGCUGAAGUAUAGAAUUUAACGAAUUCAAA